AUGCAGCUGUACUUCACGGUCAAGAUGAAGUUCCAGCUUGAAGCUAUUCUCCCAGAUGCUGAUCUGGACGAUGAUGGGAACGUGGUGGAGUUCGAAUCGCGUGAGACCUACUUGCUCUCACCUGCUCCCUGGGUGGUCGCGCCGGAUGCCGACAUGGAGAGGCGACUCACCAGCAUCGUGGAGACUGCGCGGGAGAAGUUGGAGCAACACCUGGAGGCUGCAGCCCUACGUGGGAGUGGUGAUCUCAUCGGCGGGAUCCGUCAGGUCUACAUCCUCGUGGUGCCGCGCAACUUCGGGUUCGACUUCUCCACCCUGCCAGCUGGGGAUAGGGGAGUGACCUGGGCCGACAUAGAGGAGUUCGAACGAGUCAAUGGGCACCGCCUUCGUAUCUUCGUGUGGGAGUGGCACAAAGUGGAGUGGCGACAGCAGACCGUCUACGAGACCGUCUUUGAGAGGGUUGUGGUGAGGGAGCCCAAGCUGAUGAACCAUCCCUUCGAGAAGGAGAUCCAUCUCCUUC